GCGGAGCAUUCAGUAUCGAACCGAUCCUUCGGUCGAACUGCUAGCAGCCGAAUCCACUGCGAUCCCGUCUCUCGCUUUUGCGUCGCACGUCAGCGACUUGUUUUCUCCGAGCGCACCCGACAACCAAACUUCGAGAGCUAUGUCCGAGGCGCAUGUCGACGAGUACGAGCACUUCAACUACGAUUACGACAAGCACAUCUUCACCGGGCACGGUGGUAAGCAGAGGAGCAAGCGCGAGGCCGUCACCCACACCAACCACUUCGACCCGAGCGGCCAUUCCAGAAAGAUACUCACCAAGCUGAGGAACUCGGAGCAUAACAAACGGCAGACCGGCGGCAAGUCGAAGGCGUAGUCUGCGUGUGGAUAGAAGCACGUUCCUAUUUUCGCGGCAGGCGUUGUCAGUUGGAUCUCAUCUCGCAGGACUCAUCCUCCGCGCUAGGACGACCGGAAAAAGAAAACAAAGAAAUAUAUACAUACAUAUAUAUAUACACCACGAUCUUAAUCUUCUGAAAAAAAAAUGCAUUUAGUCGUAGGUUCGCACGCAAUGUAAGAUCGGCACGGUAGUUCGUGCCUUUCAUCAUUCUUUCAUUUAUUAUGUCCGAAGCACGAAUCAUGCUAUUUAUAAGAGUACAAAAUAACAUACAUCGUAUUUGGACUACUGCUUACUUCGUCUAAAUCUGGAGUUUGCAUGACACUUUCUUUUUUCUUAUCUUAAUAGGAUAGUAAGGUUGUGUGUUGAUUUCCGCAGUGUGAUUAAUUAAAUGCGUAAAAAGCGCCGACUGCAUUAAUAAGCUAUGAUUAAUUAUUGAGUAUUUCCUCUUCUAUCUCUCUAGCAUUUUGCAUAGCUAGGGAGAUCUAUAUGAUGUAGUAAAUGGCAGUCAAAUGACUGUUAGGUGACCUGAGCGAUUAAACAAUACUCUUUACUUGUGCGUUGAGAAACGUUUAAGAGCAAUUUCGUUGUCAUUCGUUUCCGUAACGAGUAGCAAUUGUGUCACGGCAUACGGAAAGGAAACGCGCAUGACGCAUAAAGAGAAUUAAGAGUUGACCCGCUUAAGUCAACUAUCGGAAGAGAAACGUGACACGUUGUAUUGGGCACCGUACAAUCGACGAUUACGUUUAAUAAUUCCAAGAUAUCUCUCGAGAAACGUAAUAGAUAAUUUGUCAUUGGGAUAGAGAGAGAGAGAGAGAGUUGUAAGACAAAACUUCUAAAUUCUCGCGCACGGAAAUCGCCUAAUAUAUCGCACAUUGAUGUUGACAUCGGCAAAUUUACUGUAAUGAAAACUAACGGAGAAAUAAAUACUGCUAGUUAAGGACAA